AUGUCUUCGUCAGAUGCAUCAGACCUAGUCGAUAGCGACGACGCCGAGGUCUCGCCACCGCCGACGAAGUCAUCCCGAAGCCGAUUCCUGGAGCGUUCUGCGGGUGCUUCGUCUGGGUCGAGGAAAAAACCAAGCCGCAAAGGCAACAACGAUACACGACCCAAGAAAAGAUCGCGCCUUGAGCGCUGUGGUGGUUCAACCUCGGGUGUCGAGAGUCGGGGAGGGAAAGGGAAAGGCAAGGCCGCGAGGCGCUCGAAGGCAGCGUCCGCAGCAUCAUGCGCCCCUGCUAGAAGCAGGCGAGGCAUUCGAAAAGAUAAGUUUCAAGAGGAGGGACGCUCUUCUUCUAGCUGGCACGGAAGCGGCAGCGACGGUAGCGGUGGUAGCAGCGACGAAGGCGGCGGCGGAGGUCGGCAGGGGCAAUGGGUGGAUGGACGGAAAGACGCCAGGAAAACUCCUCGUGUCGCAGGAAGUGGGAGGAGCGCAACCGCCAAAUCGGGAGGGCGACUCGACAGCACGAGAUCAGGUGCGAGAAUGGAGGCCAGCACGCACAGGCAACGCCCACUCAAUAGCAAAGCUCCCCCGCCCCGAAGAAAGUCAGCAGUCGGGAAAGACCCGAAGUGUUCUGAUUCGGACAGCUUGUACGCUGGCUGCUAUGAUGCUGAGGACAGCGAGGAGGAAGGCCAGGAGCUCGAGCUCGAGGAAGACAUGCCCGCCGCGGGAACAAGGGGACUGGCGACGCGGACAGGAGGCAACGCCGCCCGGCGGCGGGCGCGAUCAGCAUCACGAACCACCAGUGACACUGCUGACGGCACAACGACUCGGAGCGGCGCGCGAAAGCGUCCGAUACGCAGGUCGACUGCAGCAGGGUUACCUCAGCCCUUGGAGUCCGCCGGCGAUGAUGACGAUGAUGACCAGAGCCUGCUAAGCGGGGCCACAGUGAAGCCGUCGAGAAAACACGCUGGAUCAGUGAGCGGCGAUAGCCAAGUCGGCGGUGGUGGUGGCGCGACCUCGACUGUUACCCCGUUCGCACUCUCGGACGACGACGACGACUGCCUGAGAAACACGGACAGUGACGAUGAUGGACCGGCGGGGGGAAGCGGUGGCGGUGGUGGCGGCGACGACGUUAGCAGCAACAGCAGCGACGAGCCCGUGCUGUGCCGGUGCGGCGCGCGGGAUUGGCUGGACGGUUCUCGGUGGAUCCUCUGCGACGUCCCGAGGUGCAGGACGUGGGAACACCUGGCUUGCGCGUACCCAGAAGAAGCGCCAGAAGAUAGCCGCGGCGAGGAAAGGCGUGAGGCAAAGGCCCACGUUUGCGGCGGUUGCCAAGCGAAGGGGUCAUCCACCGCAGCGGCGGGAGCGACUAGAGGGGGACGACGCUCCCUGACACGCUGGGGCGAUGAUGGACCUACGGCGCCGUCACCCGCGCACUCGUCGACCUCGCUAUCGCCCUCUGUUGGCGAAAACACUCCCUCGGGUAGCCAGCGAUCGGGCGGCGCCGGGAGUCCGCGUGUGAGGCGUUCUCAGCGGGUGUCCAGGCUGGAAGGAAUGAGGGUGCGGCUGCGGAAAAACGUCGUCGGGGACGAAGAAUCUUCUUCUAGUUCCAACGAUGACCCGAGCUCGUCACGUGUCGGCGUGGCGAGGAGCGGCGAUGUCGGCGGGGACGGUAUCGACCACACCGAAGAAGACGGCGAAUCGGAAAGCGACGGGUUCUGGGCGCCCGAGGGCCAGGUGGAAAUCUCGCAAGAGUACCGUUGCCGGUGUGGGGCUACACGUGGGGACGACGCCCGUGGUGGUGCAGGCGACGGGGGCUGGGUGCAGUGCCAUUCCGAUGCGUGUGGGUUGUGGGAACACCCCGCGUGUUGCGACCACGGGUGCUCGGCUCCGUCGCGAAACGCAACGACCAGGAGGCACUUCUGCCUGGACUGCGACCCAAAGGGUAAGAAACACGCCAGGUGGGAGGACAAGAUGCGGAAGAAGCUGAAACCACAGGUCGCCGCCCGGGAGGCGGCGGCGCCAGGACGAGCAGCAACAGCGACAGCAACUGCUUCACGCGUGGCUACAGUGACCGGAACGGAGAAAACGGAGGCGGAAGAGCGAUUCAGGGCCAUGGUUCGGGGACUCUGGAUGGCGGUUGUUUCCGGGAACGCCCCCCUGGUUGAGGAGGCGUUCCGCGAAGCGGAAAGGUCGGAUGUUCCUGUGAGACGGUUGGUAUCCGCGGGCCCGCCCGAGGCAUGUCCGGAUGUUGUGUCUUUGCCAGCUGGUGGUCAUGCCCGCGACGGCGGGGCAGGAGAAGGGACUGCCAAGGACGACGACAAGGUCAUCGAGAUCGAAGCCCCGUCGGCGAGCUCCCCUCUCCCGGGUGGUUUGAGCCUCCUCAUGGUCGCCGCGGGCUACUGGAAGGUCAUCGCUGAUGAGGCGGCGGCUCCGCUCGACACAACUGCUGGUGCUGCUAGUGCCGCUGCUGCCACAGUUCUCCCCGACACCAGUUGCAGCGCUAAGGUUAGCAAUACCGUGCCGUGUGCGGAGGACAGGCCUGAAAAGGCAGCUGGGGCGACAGAUCUUGGGAUUAGUACAGACGCGUUGCCUGGUACCCCAAGGCUUCCGUUGCCUGUCGAUGGGGUCGCCGGAACUGUCGGCUCUGGAGAACACGAAUUGGUCGCAACAGCAAGCAAGGCUCCGGUUUGCAAGACGGCAACACGCCAAGUGGACGAAACGACUAUCGCACGUCCAGGUCCAGUCGCUAUGACAGACACCCGCCCUGUGCGGACCCAAACUCCUACCGCGGGAAGCACAAAUACAGCAGCGGCGGCGGCGGCGGCGGUAGCUACUUGCACUGCUGCUGCCAGCGGGGCGGACUUUCCCCAGCUUGCCAGCGACACGAGACUGGCGGUGCUCCGCUUGGUUCUGGAGCACAGCCGCGAACGAGCGGUUCUCGCCGUCGAUGACGAAGGCAGAACCGCGUUGCACCACGCGGCGGCGGUCGGUGGGACCGGCGAGGUGUCCCUUCUGCUGGAAGGAGAGCUAGGCAGGGGAGCGGCCCUCGUGAUGUCCCACGAGCAGCUCACGCCCCUUCACGUCGCCGCGGUCGCCGGCCACCCCGAGACCUGCGUCUCUAUCCUCCGAGCCCUUGCCCCCGGGCCCAGGGCAGCCGUGCUGGAGGCGAGCGACGCGGGGACUUCGGACGGAACCGCCUUGAACCUGGCUUGCCUCGAAGGGCGCUCUGCCUGCGUGCGGGUCAUUCUGGACGAGGACAGUAGAGUCGAGAGGGAGUUAGCCGACGAGAUGACGAGUCACGUGAUCAACGGCGUGCCGGCCGAGACCCCCCGCACCCACGUCCCGGUGGUGCUGGCGAGAACGGCGGAAGGCGCGACCGCGCUGAUGGCUGCCGCCGGCUGCCCGUCUCCCUCUUGCGUGGAGCUAAUCAUUGGAAACCUCAGACGGCGCGCCAUCCCGCAUCCGGGAUCGCAGCUGUCGGAGCUGAGGGCGGUGGACCAGUUGGGCAUGAACGCGUUGCAUUAUGCUGCCGGCCGAGAUGCAGACGGCUCCGUUUCGGCUGCGAAGGCGGUUCUUGCCGCGGAGAGGUUGCUGGCGUGCGAUUACUCGGCGGGAUGGGGGGAGGAGGCGAAUAUCAACGGCGGAGACGCUAACAACCACGCUUCUCCCUUGCACCUCGCCGCGGCCAUCUCUCACAAGGAAAUGGUAACUCUGCUGCUGACCGAAGGGGCGAACUCGGUACUAGAGGAUCGGCAAGGGUGGACGCCCGUCAUGUAUGCCGACUUCGGGGGAAGAAAGGAGGGCGCCGUGCUGGAGCUGCUUCAGCACGAGCCCGAGAAGCAGCUGGAGGCGCUGGGCAGGGUCCUCUCUUCCCGCGGCGGCGUCGGCAUCGACCAACGCCACCAUUCGAGAAUCGUGGAGGUCGUGCAGAACCUGGUGACCGUCCCCUCUUUCUUCUCCCUGGUCAACAGGUUCAUCCGGGAGAAGCCGGACCUCCUGCUCGGCUCCCUCAGCUUCCUCAAGGACGUGCCGGGACUGCUGGACUUCGAGAACAAGAGGGUCCUCAUGCGGAUGCUCAUCGACAACCACGAUGAGGACACUCGCCACGAUCAUAACUUCCUCGCCUUCCCUCCCAUGGGCGGCUUCAGCUACGAGUUCGAUGGCCGGAUCUGCAUCCGCCGUGGCGCUGGGCAGGCUUUGGGCGCUCUGCUAACCUGGAUGGAGAGCGCGGUCCGUCGGUGGCGAGAGGAAGGGCUUGCCGCCUGGCUCAGGGUCCACCAGCCGGCUUUCACCUUCGACAAAGAGGCCGGGUACGGUCAGGGAGUGGAGCGCGAGGCGUGGGAGAUGAUCGCCGGAGACCUCGUCCUCCCUUUCCCGCCGCCGCCGUAUCAGCAACAUCAGCAGCAGGAGCAGCAGCAGCAGCAGCAGCAGCAGUUAACAGCAGUAGCGCAGGCGGUAUCGGGGGCCGGGGCGGCCGCCAAGAACGGGGUCGAUGGAGCCACGAAGAACGAGGCGUUCUUCGUACCCGUGGACGAGGGCAUGUCGUCCUACUGUCCGCGGGAUUUGCGGUGCGGGGAGGGGGGGAGUGGAGAGGCGGCGUUGCACGGUCGGCGGGAGGGAGAUAAAGACUUGGAAGCGUUCGAGCUACUGGGCAUCUUGAUCGGGGCGAAUCUGGCCUGGAACAAGGUUCUGAACCUGAACCUGAACCCGGUAGUGUGGAAGGUCAUGUUGUCGCGGAAGGUGCGCCAGUCCGACCUCGAGCUGGUGGACCCUAUGUAUUACAAGAGCCUCAUGCAGAUACUGGAGACGGAGGGCGUCGAUCAGUUUUGCCUGCAGUUCGGAGACCUCGCGCUCAACUUCUGCGCCGACACGGAGGGUAUAGACCCCGACGAUGCCGUCACCGACGAAAACAAGGCGCUCUACGCCAAGCUUGCACUGGAGAGCAAGACGGCCGGCCGCUGGCGGAAGCAGGCCAAGGCCCUCGCCCACGGCAUGCGGAGGUUGGUGCCCCUGGGCCUGCUCAAGAUGUUCACGGAGAACGAGCUUGGCCUGCUCUUAGCGGGGCCUGGAGACAUCGACCCUGGCGACUGGGAGAGAAACGCAAACUUCACGGGAGAGCCGUCGGCGAUGUUGCGGAGGUGGUUCUGGAACGUGGUGCGCUCUCUGACCAAGGAAGAGCGGUCGCUGCUGCUUCAGUUCGCCACGGGGUGUUCCAGGCUGCCGGCGGGAGGGUUCAGGGGUCUGGCCCCCCGUACGUUUACGGUGGCGAUGAUCGACUACGAUCCUGAGAGGCCGCUGCCAAUGGCAGCGACGUGCUUCUACAUGCUCAAGCUGCCGCGAUACCCGGACCUUUACUCUCUCAGGAAAAACCUCCUGGUGGCCAUACGCCACGGGGCUGCUGGCUUUGAGUUUUUGUAGUCGCAAAUGCCGUGUUCCGCGAGCUUCCUGCCCUGAGACAACGAAUACUAAGAGCCGUUCAUAGUCAGCAGCUCCCACAGCACCGCAGAUACUCUUGUUUGCCUGAUGUUGCCCUUAACGGUUGGACCACCCCCCAGUGCAUGCGGGUUUGCGAUAGUGGGAGUGGACGGGGUGAGUCGGGGGUAACACUGCGUUCUCCAGAUCGAUCACUCAAAAUCUGUAGUUGAAUCUACGGUCGGGUUUUUAUCAGGCUUUUUUUUUUGAAAUGAACGUGACGAAACUCGACAUGCGCGGGCGGUGUUACCGGAAUGAUUCCCAUAUCGUACGCCUGCAUGGUAUCAUUUACGCACGUGCGUUGUCGCCGACAACCAAGCGUGUCCGGUGCCGCCUUGUUCCUCUAAGCGCGUGUCGGUUGUGUGGGUAACGUGCAGAUCUGGAGGAUGUUUUGGGUUGUAGAUUACGAGUGACUGAGCGCCCGGCCUGAAGCGCGCAGUACGGUCAGGGUCCCCCCAAUAGUGCGAGGUAGCGAGGCGUAAGCGCGCUAGUGAGGGUCAUUGGCUUUGUUGGAUCCAGUUAUCCCCAUGCAAGUAUUUGUGCGGGAUGACUGUAAGUAUCUAUCGGGGCAGCCCCAGUGCGUCAACGCGUCGACGAAGCGCUUUUCGAAAUACGGGCUGGGCGCGUACGACCUCAUGUGUGCCCCCCCUGGAUGCCAAACGAGCACAUUUGUUGGCUCGCUGCCCUUCCUCACUUUUGGAUUGUUUCACUGCUUGAAGCGAAGGGGAGGAAUACGUUAAUACGUAAAAUAGGGGGGCGCGCGAACGGGAGGAAUGCGUGUUGGGGCGCACCGGUGGAGAGGGUUCGUUGUUCUUAGAGGGUCCGUUGUUCUUAUUCUUGUCUAGGCUUUCUACAUACAUACAUACCUGGUACGGUGUAAUUUUGGGUGUGUUUUUAUCAUUUGGCAUCGACCGCGCUAACCGGCCGACCAAUGAAAAGCCGUCAGUCUCAGUGGGGCUGAAAACACAAAACUGCUGUGUUUGGGGAAAGUACACAGGGCGUUCAAAUGUUUCCAAUUACAUUAUUUAUGGUGACCACGUGUCGUUGUGGUGUUGCUGUUCUUUGCAGCUCUUCUAACCUCUAAACAAUCCGCCUGCCUCCGCGGUGUUUAAGGCGAACAGGUGGAAUUCCGUUGCCCGUACUUGGGCGUUUUGACACUGUACAAAACGGCCCUGAACGAGGGUGUGUCCACAUGAAUGUGCUGUUGGGUGUUAUUUUGUUGUCAUAUCUUCAUGUAUGUACUCAAAUUAUCUUGGCUGAAACAAGCUU